AUGUUCUCCCUACCCUUUCCCAUUAGGCACUUCUUAACGAGCUCUAAUUUAACAUUACGUUCAGUACUAAUCUUCCUACGGGUUACCCACAGCUACCGCAAUUUGCUUACAUCCUUUACAUCAUACCCUUAUAUAACCGUUCCAUCUUCUUUUAUACACAACAUAUACAAAUAUUUAGGUCCUCCUAUGGCUCCACUUGGGUUGGAUCCUUUGGCUACAAGACCUUAUCGCGAAAUAUACGUGGGAAACAUUCCGCCUGUUAGUGACGUUUCCACCCUACUUGAUUUUUUAAACGAAGCUUUAAUAGCUAUAAAUGGCACAAGUAUGCCUGGAAAUCCAUGUCUUAAAGGUUGGAUUAGUUCAGACAGUCACUAUGCGUUUAUUGAGCUUAGAACAAUGGAGGAAGCCAGUAAUUGCAUGCAACUGACGGGACUCAACUGCAUGGGUUACAACAUCCGUGUGAAUAGACCAAAGACAUACACUCCUGAAAUGUUGGCACUUGCUCCAUCGCCUACAGUGCCAACUUUGGAUCCAAGUCUUUUGGCAAUGGGCCUCAAGGCUCUCAAAAAUGCAAGGGAGCAGAUUGUGGCAGCUUCUGAUAUUCUUGCCACUGAAAAGGCAAAGGCCAUGACAGAUCGUCUCUGUAUCAUAGAUAUACCAUCAGAGACUCAAGAUUCUGAUUUAAAAUCUGCAAUUGAAGCUAUAGGCCAAGUAAAGUACAUUCACUUUAUAAAUGAUGACCCGAGUAAACGGGUAUGCCUAUUUGAAUACCAGCACAUUGAACAACAAAAAAUCGCAUUGGAACAACUUCCUGCUAACCACAAGGUAAUUAUGGCCAUUGAUGCCGUUACUCAGGGAAUAAUAAAUCCAUCGUAUAUACGCCAACAACUUGAAAAGUGCGAAAUAAUGAGACCGGAGGUACCAACAAGGGUGUUGUGGCUCUCUAAUCUCGUCUCUAAGGAGGAACUGGAUGAUGAUGCGGAAUACUUUGACAUUAUAGAUGACGUCAGGACAGAAUGCGAAGAUUAUGGUCAAGUUAUUAGACUAGAACUUCCAAGAGUACCAAAGGGAUUGACGGAGGAAGAAAUGAAGACGGUUGAUACGUCCAGUGUAGGCUGUGCAUUUGUACUCUUUACGACAAUUGAUGGGUGUACCAAGGCUAGAAAGAUUCUCGGAGGCAGAAGAUUUGGACCUCGCAUUGUCGAUGCGCAUUACUUUAGUGAAUUGUACUUUUUAACCGGAAGACUCGGAAAUCCCAUACCAAACUUGGAAAGGGAACAUUCAUCACUCUACAAUCCAAAGAUUGUCACUGAUCCAAACUCGGCCGCCGACAUUCUCAGGGAACUUGAGGAAAAACAAAAGGCGUGA